UUACCCUUCAAAAAAUAUGUCACGUAUUUCAGCACCUGGGAAAUUGGAAGGAUACUACAAAUCUGGCCUCCACAUAAGUGGUCUGUAGCUUCGACAUGAUGGGAGAGAUUAAGGGCCGGUACUUUAUGUCCUGAUCAGUGAUGUGGGAGGGAGUGAUGGUCCUGAUUAAACCCUCGUUAAGGAAUUUUGACAGGCCGUUAACGUUAACCAGCGCUAGUCUGUACUUUCAUCCCCGGUUAAGACUUAACAGCUCGUUAACGACUGUUUAACUUUAACGAGCAGAUUACGAAAGCAUUCUAACCCUACAUUUAUAAAAUCAAUGUUUGUGUUUUUGUUUGGUGAACUAUUGUUUUAUUUUUUGCAAAAUUUACUAUUUAUAUCGAGGAAAUGGACCUUCAAGAACUUGAAGAACUGUUUGAAGAUGACGAUGAGGAAAUAAUAUAUUUUUUAAAUAACUUCAGAACGUAUAAUGUACGAGAGAGAAAAAAUUAUAUGUUAGAAUUCGAUGAAAACGAAUUUUCGUUCAGGUUUCGUUUUCCUAAGAAUACAGUAAGACAACUGGUGAAAGAGCUGGGUCCCGUUUUACACCAUGUAAAUCUUAUGUACCACGAGCUUGAUGCUACAGCACAAGUUUUAAUAACUUUAAGAUUUUAUGCUACUGGAAGUUUUUACAUAGUUAUGGGUGAUUUUGGUGGCAUCCAUAAAACAACAGCAGGAAGAAUCAUAAAACGAGUAACAGAUGCCAUCGUUUCUUUAAGGCCCCAAUAUGUAAAAUUUCCCAAUAUUGAGGACAUAGAUAAUGUUCAAUUAAGCUUUUAUAGAUUUGCUAGAUUUCCAAAAGUUAUUGGUGCAAUAGAUUGUACUCACAUCCCCAUAAAAUCACCAGGUGGCAACAAUGCUGAAUUUUUCAGAAACAGAAAAGGUUUCUUUUCUUUAAAUGUUCAAGUGGUUUGUGAUGCCAACAAUUAUAUUAUGGAUGUAGUUUGUCGUUGGCCAGGUUCUUGCCAUGAUAGCCAUAUUUUUAAUAACUCCUCUUUAAAGACAAGAUUUGAAAAUGGGGAAUUUAUGGAUAAAGUGUUAUUAGGGGAUAGUGGAUAUCCAGUCCUCAACUACCUAAUGACACCAUUACAGAAUCCUCAGAGAGCAGCUGAAGUACUGUAUAAUGAAUCUCAUAUUGCAUCAAGAAUUGUGAUUGAGAGAACAUUUGGUCUUUUAAAGAGCAGAUUUCCCAUUUUAACAUGUGGAAUGAGAUGUAAGUUACCUUUUAUUCAACGGAUAAUAACAGCUUGUUCAGUUUUGCACAAUAUUGCAAUAAUUAAUAGAGAAAUACUGGUAAAUGAUGAUGCAGUUGAUGUUGAUUUAGAACAAGUUGUAGCAGUACAUUUCCAUCCAGGAGCAAUUCCAGUCCAACGAAGUUUUAUUAAUUAUUUUGAAACAUUGUUAUAGAUCAUUUAAUGGUAGUUUAUUUUAUAUUAAUUUAUUAUUAAGUAUUUAAUAUUAGUUAGUUUAUUGAUAUAAUUGUGUAGUUUUAAAAAUCUAUGUAUUUAUUUCUUUUAAAAAAUAUGAGCAUAAUUUUUAACAACUUUUAAUUUCAGUGGUCGUCAGUAAAAAGCAGAUAUUUUGGUACUUUUCAGGAGGCAAAUUGUUUCCACGACGGCCAUAAAAUUAGUUUUUCCUUAUAUGUAAACUCACAUAAAUAGCUGUAUAAACAGUAAACCCAAAACCAAAUAGGAUAUUUCUAAAACUGAUUUUAUGGACAUUUGAAUUUGCUGUUCUGAAAAAUAUCAGCUUUUGGCAAAUGGCCACUCAACUCAGUAUAGGUAUAUUGUAUUACAUUACACUAGGCUAAUGACACUGUAACGAUUUUAUAUAAACAGUGUCAUUUGUUAAAAAUAUUAUUCACCACGUAAGUCAGUUUAGUGUGACAAGUUGGUUUGGAAGCAGGUUCGUUGGCUACAGAUAUUUGUUUUUACUGUCAUCUAUUAGUUUUUUAUAUGUAAACUUUCAUUUAAAUGACAAUAUUUAUUUCUUUCAAAUAGUCAAAUAUACAUCUAGGAUGCUCGGUAAAACAAGUAAAGUCAAUUUAGUUAACUUUUCAGGAGAAGCAAAAAACGAUAAUUAAUUGGCGUAUGUACUAUCAAUAAUAUCUACGGUAAAAUAAUUUUAUUUAUUUUACAUUACCACAUAUUGACUUGUUCUAUUGAUACAAAGUUGAAGGUAUAGUUCUUAAUAGUCUUUUUCGGCAUAAAUAAUAUUAGUAAUAAUUUAGUAUAAUAAUAUUAUAAUUUAUUAAAAUAAUUUAUGUUAAAAUCUCCUACCAAUAUACAUUUUUUAUUUAUGGUCAUAUUUUUUUCAAUAAUAUCCUCCAACUUACUCAAGAAAGCUGCUAAGCUACCAUUAGGUGACCUAUAUAGACAGCUGAUCAACCAACUUAUGCUAUUAAGUUUCACAUGUAUAAAAGCACACCAACAAUUACCAUCUUCAGAAUAAAUACAUCCAUUUUCAUAAAUUGUAUCAUUUCGUAUAAAAAUUAUCACUCCUCCUGUACAGCGGUUAGGGGCAUCACAUCGAACACAGCAAUAGCGAGGUACAUUGAUCUCAUCAUCACCCAUAUCAAUAGUAGUUCUUGUUUCUGAUAAAGCUAGGAUAUAUGGUUGUUUACUAAGUAUUUGAGCAGUUAUUUCAUCUUUGGCCAAUCUGUUGACUUUCUCUAUAACUAUUAUACACCUACAUAAUAUGUCCUUUUGCUCAUAUAAAUUAUAAAUACCGCUUCUCCUUUAGACAAAUUAAUUUUUUAUAUUACAUAAAAUUGUAGACAAGAGUUCAAAAGAGAUAUCAGGGAUAUAAAUCGGGAGGAAACAUUGGAAUAUGCUUUAAAAGACCAACCUAUAAAAGUUAAAAAACAUUUUUCAGAAGUAGAAGGCUUUGGGUUGUGCUCAUUUUGCAGCAAACAUGUUAGACUAGACCAUAAGUUUCUUGAAAGAUGAUUAAACAAUGUACAAAAAGAACAAGCUUACCAGUUUAUCAGUGAGAUAAAUCCACUAUUUUUAUCAUCUGUGAUGGCAAUAAUGACUCAGUCGAAACCAUUUCCAAAUUAUUGUAUGGUGAACAUUUUCGAAAAAAAAAAAAAUGCCAUUGGUUUUUGGAAAUUUUCAGCUAUAGAUGAGAAUGCAGCAACAGCAGCUAUAGAAAGAAAUUUUUAAUUUUUUUAAUUAGUUCAGUCCAAACUUCAAAAUAGGUUGACAUCUAAGCUUGUUCUCCUAUUUAAAUACCUCAUGCAACUAACUGGAUCGAAAUAUCCUAAGUUCGACUGGAUCUGGGAAAUGUCACCAAUGGAUCUGCACCAGAGACUGUUGAUUUGUCCAGUUCUAAUGAUGAACCAUUAUAGGGGAGUGCAUAUAGAUUUUCACUUCGGAAAAAUCAAACAAGAUAGAACUUUUUGUAAUUUCAUUACGAAAUGUUUAAUAAACAAUCUAUCAAAAAGUUCUACUCGAGAAGUGGGUGCUUCAUUUUUUUUAAAUACCUCAGAAAAUAUAAAUUUUAGAAAAAAACUGACUUGACCAUUGAAAAAUUCAGAAAAUUUUACAAAAACCUUUUAUAAAGGAUUUUCUAAAAUUAAAUCUGUAGCUUCUAUAAUUUUUUAUUUAUAACGCUAAAGCCACCCUUCUCACAAACAUUGGCGCGCUGUAAACUAGCGUAUGGCGAAGUGCACGGUUGAGUUAUUUUAAUGUAAUUCUCUAACCGAUCGAUCUAAUGAAAUUUUAGAAAUUUGACUUGAAAUUAAGCUGUCUUAUGGUUAUAAUAAAAAAAAUAAAAUUUAUGGCCAUAAGUACGGCGUGGGCUGAAAGUGAGACUUACAUGAAUUUUGUUUAAAAAUAAUUUAAAAAUGUGUAACUAAUACAAUUUUUCUUGUAAAACUCUCAAUUUUGCACAACUUACCUUUCACACAUCUUACUAAACGAUGUUUUAUUCAAAAAAAAUCUCAAAAAAUUUAAUUCAAAUGAUACGUCUCAAAAAAUGUAAUUUUUAAAAACUUCAUAUUUUUACAGAAUUAACACCACUUUAAGGCGGUAUUACUCAAGUUUGAAUAGGUCUAUAACAGUUUUAUAAGUGUUUUUUUAAAGCUUAGGAUGUAGUCUUUAAAACGCACCAAAUUAUUUUACUUUAGAAAUGAAAUACGAUAUUUCUUUUUGAGAAAAUUAAGACAGAUAACAAAAAUGUAAUAUAAAAACCGAAAAUUACCAGCUAUAAAAAUGUUUAUACAAAGUGAUCAAAACUUUUUUCUGUAAAACUUACCUAAAAUACAUUUAAUAAUAUGCUUCAACAAUAAUAAAUGUUCAACAAAAAUUUUUUUUUAGCUCUUAUACAGUAUGUCUGCGUAACUUGGAACCUAUUGAUAACUUUUUUAUUAUCAGUCUUACGAAAAAAGUUAUUCUUUAUAAAAUACUCUGCAUCAUAUAUGACCUAAGACGCAACCAGCAAAUAUAAAAUUUUAUUAAUUUUAUAUGUGGUAUGUCAAAAAAUAUGAAUUUCACUCAAGAGUAAAGUACUUCUAUAAUUCACAAUAUCGAAAACUGUUAUUAAGGCUAUGGGUACAUAAUUCGCAAAUAUUUUACGUGUAUCCCUACUUUUUCUGUCUUUACACGACAAAUUACGUGUAGUAAAAUUCACACUGGUAUGGAUAUGUAAACAUUACUAGAAUGUCAUUCUACUUGAAAAUGUCAUCAUUAAUUUAGAGAGAUGGCUUUUGAAUAUUCUUGGAUAACUGUUAUUUUUAUAAUUGCAAAUUAUUAAUUCAGUUAAUAAAUGUAAUAAUUUUUUCACUAACUAUGUAUUCAGUGAUUGAAAUAAUUUAUUUGUACAACAAAAACUAAUACCCAAUCGAGAAAAGAGGAAAAGUGUUUUUUUAGUUAUGGAACGCUUACAAUAAUUUUGAACAUCUUUAACAACAAAAUACUUGGAUCACAGAAUAUAUUAUCCUGAUGUAUUCUCUGCUUGGAUCUUCCAAAAAUAAUACACAAUAAAUAACUUUUUAUUAAGUUCACGUCUUAAAUCAAUUAUUUAUCAAAUAUACUAUAUAUCAAUAAUAUUUAAUCAAUACCUCAAAAUACUCCCGGUGCAAUGUCAAAUAUUUAAAAUUGUCACUGAUUGUCAGUGUCUGACUGACAAUAUAUGCUGACAAUAUUAUAUUCGGCUGAGUGCGUUGUAAGACAAAGAUAGAUUUGGAAAAUAUUACCACGGCAUUGUGUUCAUUUUUUUCGAAUCCUGAAAAAACCAAUAAAUAUUUCUGAAAAAUUUAAACGCAGAAUGAAAGAUUAAAUUAUUACCGAGGGCCGAAAGUCCCUUAGAAUAAAUAAAAAGUUUAUUUUGAAUGAGAUAUUUGAAAUUAAAUUUCACACUAAAUUUUCUCUUAGUUUUUCACCCCUGUAACUUAUUAAAAUAAACAUUAUAGAAGUUCUCAGGGACUUUCGGCCCUCGCUAAUAACGUAAUCUUUCAUUCUGCGUUUAAAUUUUUCAAAAAUACUUAUUAGUUUUCUCAGGAUUCGAAAAAAAUGAAUUCCCAUUUGAAUAGCAUUGCAGCCGAAAAUACGUACCGAUCCUCUUAAGAAAAGUUGUUUGAAAUUAAAAAAUAUGUUUCAGUGUUCAAUUACAUCCUUCUAAUUAAAAUAUUGUGAAUAAUAAAGGAGCUUAACUCUUAAGAAAAAUUCAUAUUUUUUACAUACCUCGUAUAAAACUCAAAAAGUUUGAUAUCUGAUGGUUGUAUCUUAGAUUUUAGACCAGGUAGAGCAUUUUAUGAAGAAUAACUUUUUUUCAGAUAAUUGAUAAUAAAAUAGUUACAAUAAUUGAAAUAAAAUGAUGCUGGUUAUUCGUAAUUUGAGAAAAAAUUGAAUUUUUUUUCGAUUAGAAUGAUGUAAUUGUAUAUUAAAAUAUAGUAUUUACUUUCAAACAACUUUUCAUAAUAGCAUUUUUUGAUAUUCUUCAAUAUAAAGGUACAUACUUUACUCUUUAAAGAAAUUCAUAUUUUUGACAUACCUAGUAUAAAAUUGAUAAAAUUUAAUAUCUGAUGGUUAAGUUUUAGAUUUUUGACUAUCCAGAGUAUUUUAUGAAAAAUAACUUUUUUCUGUAAAAUUGAUAAUAAAAAAGUUUUCCAUGUGGUUCCUAAACACACUGUAUAAGAAUUUUCAAAUUGUAAUGCUAUAUUCGGAUUUAGCAUAACCAAAAACAGAAUAGAAACAUAUUUGAUCAAAGUAAAAUGAUGAACUCAACGAUAUUUUUAAAAUUAUUUAUACAAAACAAUUGUUAUUGUUUAAACAAUUAAUAAACAAUUAGCGGCCAAAUCUGCGAGUAGAAUUUUUGACUUUAACAUGUAUAUAAAUUAACAAAAAAAGUUUUAGAAAAAUAUAAGCUUGUUUGAAUUAUUCUGAAACAAUGCAUGUUGUCGUUCUAAUUGCACUCCCCUAUAUCAUUUUUAAAAAAUAUCUUCUGGGCUUUGAAUUAAUUUUUGUUUUUAUAUUUUGUUACUAUAUCUAACAGUUAAUGGAAACUUUUUUUACUUCUGUAAUAAUAUUAAUUAAAAGUUAUUUUUAUUAUUCAUUAUAUAGCUAUUGGGAAACACAUAAUACUGGACAUGCAAAAUAAAUAUGUAUUAACAUUUGGAUAUAAUAAUAUCUCUGAUAUUUAGAUAAAUAUAUUUUCGAUCCCUGUUUGUAAAUUUGUAUGAAGUGAACUCUGUGAUUUCGAUUGCAUAUAUUGCAGAUGUGCGAUGGCUAUAAUUAGGUUCAACUGAAAAAUGCUACUAACACUAGUUACUUUGUAAUACAUAAUUAUUGUAUUGGUUGGUUGGUUGGAGUGAAAUUAUGUGAAAGUGUCACGAUGGCAAAAAUUCGAUAAUAAUUUUAGAGAUUGAGUGCAAUUUGUUGUGAUUAUUUCAUGAAUAAAACUGUUCAAAACCAAAAUUUUAUUGUAAUUUAUUUAUGUAAAUACAAAUUAGUACAAUUAAACACAGUUGUUAUAAAUAUUUGACGGUUGAAAGUCAUCACUUUUAUAAUUUUUAAAACAUUAAUUGUCAUUAAUGUCACUGAAUGUAUUUUUUCGUAGCAACGAAGGGCAUCUGAUGUAAUAUACUUGACGACAGGAUAUUAUCUAAAAUUAUCAGUUUAAUUUUUAUUUCUGUAGCUUUCUAUUGGUCAGAAUCUUCUAUGAAUGAAAUAAUCAUUGUCAUAAUUAUUAAACACAUAAAAUUGUUUACAAACUAUAUUUAAAUUCCUUAAACUUGUAACAACUCAACCAUAAAUAAAAAUGUUUUUUUUUUA